AUGGACAACAUCCUCUACCGCGUCCUCCAGUCGUUUAUAUUACCUGAAAACGACAUGUCAAAGGCCUUUUGGAGACUGUGCGAACUCCUGGCUCGCCAGGGCCAGCAGGAGCUUCCGGAUACUUUCCCACCAGAAACUGACGAACAGCUCCAGCAUCUAUUAGAACAAAUGAACAAUAGGCACAGGAGCCAAAGCCGGAGUGGUGAGAGUGAAACCGCCACAACGGAAACCACAAGCAAUAGCGAUCCGACACCUCUGGAUGCUGCCUCUGGCAGUAGUAACGAUUUCGACGUCCAAACCCUCAAAUCCUCCAUUUCGAACCUCUCUCAGGACAACGGCCCCAUGCUCUUCGACGAUAACUCUGCAUCCAUCAUAAACUUCAAGCCAUCAGAACCACUACGAAUAACCUGUCUUACCAUCGGCUCCCGUGGCGAUGUUCAGCCCUACAUCUCUCUCUGCAAGGGUCUUUUGGAAGAGGGGCACAGACCCCGCAUAGCGACUCACAAGGAGUUCGAGCCUUGGAUAAGAGGCCAUGGAAUCGACUUUGCUCCGAUCGAUGGUGACCCGGCAGAACUCAUGCGAAUCUGCGUUGAGAACGGCAUGUUUACAUAUGCUUUCUUGAAGGAAGCAUCUUCCAAGUUCCGUGGGUGGAUAGAUGAUCUCCUUUCCUCUUCCUGGAAGGGCUGCCAGGACUCCGAUGUCCUGAUCGAAUCUCCAAGUGCCAUGGCCGGUAUUCACGUUGCGGAAGCCAUGGGAAUCCCAUAUUUCCGUGCUUUUACUAUGCCCUGGUCAAAAACAGCCGUCUACCCUCAUGCUUUUGCUGUCCCAGAUCGCAAUCUAGGAGGCACAUACAAUACCCUGACCUAUAUUAUGUUUGACACCUUAUUUUGGAAAGCUAUUUCCGGCCAGGUCAACCGAUGGAGAAAGAAGGAACUUGGUCUCCAAAACACAAGUCUCGACAAGAUGCAACCCGAUAAGGUGCCUUUUCUCUACAACUUUUCACCCUCUGUCGUGCCUCCGCCACAAGAUUAUCCAGAAUGGGUACGCGUGACCGGCUAUUGGUUUCUGAACGAAGGAUCCGAGUGGGCUCCACCAAGUGAACUCGUAGCGUUCAUUGACAAGGCUAGAGCCGACAAGAAGAAACUGGUAUACAUUGGUUUUGGAUCGAUAGUCGUCUCUGACCCUGUUGCCAUGACAAAAACUGUGGUCGAAUCUGUAAUGAAAGUUGGUGUACGAUGCAUCUUGUCCAAAGGCUGGUCAGAUAGGCUAGGUGAUGCAAAGAGCACAAAGGCAGAAAUCGCACUACCUCCAGAGAUUCACCAAAUCACCGCCGCACCCCAUGACUGGCUAUUCUCCCAAGUUGACGCGGUAGUGCAUCAUGGCGGAGCGGGAACGACGGGGGCAAGUCUUCGAGCUGGUGUGCCUACUAUUAUCAAACCCUUCUUUGGAGAUCAGUUCUUCUUUGGCUCUCGCGUACACGACCUAGGAGUCGGAAUGUGUAUGAAGAAACUAAACGUUGCUGCCUUCACGAGAGCACUAUGGGAAGCAACCAAUAGCCAGCGCAUGAUCAUAAAGGCAAAGCUAAUUGGAGAACGAAUCCGCCAGGAAGACGGUGUUGGCAAAGCUAUCCAGUCCAUCUACCGUGACCUAGAAUAUGCCAAAACUCUCACUCUCUUACGCCGAACUGCUUCUGGCCAUCCUUCAACUGACGCCGAGGAUGAAAACCUCGAGGAUUUCUUAGACGGUAUCGAAGAAUCCUGGACAUUCGUCGGUGACGAGAUAUUUCCCAAAACCCAGGAUCCCAAGAGCGAAUUGAAAGCGCUGAUUGAUGGGGCCGCUGCCGGGACGUUACCGCCACUAGAUGAUGACGGAGAGGAAGAUGUGGCUUGUUAA